AUGGCCGACAAGAGAAAGGGCAGCAUGUCGUCUCCCUCUGCUAAGCGCCCUCGGAUAUCCUACGACGACGGGGAGGAUUCUUCGCAGCCUUGCGAGCAACCCCGUCAGAAUAUCGUCUACGGUCAGAGGGGCGCAUUCCCCGGGUUGGACGAUGGCGGUGAUGAACUUUUCUAUGGCCCAGCGGAUGAUGGGCUAGAAUAUCUGCGCAUGGUCCGAUCGGAAGCGAACGCCCUACCUACCCUAUUCGUCGCACGUACCCAAACAUCAGUUGCACAGGACUCGAGCUCAAGCCAGCAGAAUGACUCGGAACCGUUUACCACAACGAAAGCUUCUAAGCCGAUUGGCUUCUUCGAGAGAGAGUCUGCCUACGUAGCUCCCGUGGGCAAAAACAAGAACCAGGACGCGCAUUCCCCGUCCAGGAUCGAAGCGCUCUACCCGAGUACCCAAAUAUCCUACUACAAUCUCCUUCGGCAUCGCUUUAUCCUCCUGAGGUCGACUCUUCGGUGUAGUCCACCCGCUGAAGCUAUCCGCGCCCUCGAUGACCUUCACCCCAUCAGUCUCCCCCACAAUGCUGGAUCUGCGCACAAAGAAUGGCGUCGCCUCCUGCUUGCAGUCGACCCGCAAAUGGUCCAAGUGGCAUGCAUGGACAUGGAAAGUGUGUUGGAGGUCCUGGAGAUACUGGCGCGAAUGAUGUCCGAUGUCGUGCGGAGUGAGGAUACCGAGCGCAUACGGCGCAUAGGGACAUGGGCAUGGGCUUUACUAGGGAAAUGCCGCGAGGUCGGACAACUGGCGACGGAGGAGGUCGGCGUCAUCCGAAACCUGGGGAAGCGAGCCGCGACCAUCUUGCGCAAAGUACAGGAGACUGAGUCGUAUUUCGCGAACGAAGAGGCUGAAGAUGAUGGCUUGAAUGAUUCAGCAAACGGUGAAUAUCAAGCCACCGAAGAACUACCCACAGAAACAUCAGAACCUGCCGAGGCAAAGGAAACCACCGAAGCCCAAGACUCCAACGUAUCCGACGCACCUGAAGAGCCGUCCGAGUUAGAGGCGGCUAAAGAACGCCUGCGGGCUCAGUUGCAGAGCAUUGAUGAGCCUGCUGCGACGCCCGCUAGCUUCGAUGAAGAUGCCCUGGUGCAGCAGACUCGUGCUCUGCUUGACAUGGUCAUCACGGUGGUGGGUGAGUUCUUUGGCCAACGCGAUUUGCUGGAAAGCCGAGAGGUUUGGGUUUAG